AUAUGAUUAAAUUCGAAUAUCAUCCGACUAUGGUAAUAUUUCCAACCAGAAUUCUUCUGCAGCAUUAAUUAGCAUAAGAAAAGAAUUACUAGAAUAUUACACCACAUGUUGAAUUCGCUCCGUUUUACACCUAUAUAUACCAAAGCGAUUCUCCUAGAGAAAAACACACUGAAGGCACUAAAAAAUGCCUCGCAAGAACACAAAAUAUGUACAAAUUCCGAGCGAGAAAACCAGAAAAAUAACUCUAAGAAGAAGGCUCGAUAGUUUGUUUAAACGAGCAAAUGAGCUAUCAGUGUUGUGUGGCAUAGAGAUACUCAUAGUCGUUCAUAACCGUAACGAAGGCCAUUCAACACUAUGGCCCACACAAGAUAAGGUUGUGGAUGGAAUCACAAAGUUCUUGAACUUUCCGGAAAGAGAAAGAAUCAAGAAAAUGGUGACGCAAGAGAAGUUCUUGACUGACAAAGUGCAGGACUUAGCUGGGAAAUUGCUGAAGCUUCAAAAGAAGAACGAUGAAACGGAAAUGGGGCUGCUCAUGGGUCAACUCAUUGAAACGGGUACAACCCACGAUGCACUCGAUGCGAGGCGGGUUAAUGGGUUGUACCGUUUGGUUGAAGAGAAGCUGGAAAAGCUUCGGAACAGGAGAGAGGAACUUUAUGCAAUGAGAGAAUACAACUGCUUUGGUGGUACGGUGAGUGGUGUUAAUAACAAUAAUAACAACGUCGAUUUGUUGAACGAAACUGAAAUGGAGAUUCGAGCGAAUGAAGUUACAAACUCGUUCGUCGAAGGAAAUCGAGGCGAACUUCUUGGUGAAGUGUGGCCUAUGAUGUUCUAGUUCAAGCACCAAGAAAGAUUGUUUUCAAACCAACAAACCCUCU